AUGCUGUCUCGAAUGUUGCUCUCCCUGCUCAACAACCUCCAUGUCGUCGAGAGGUUGGCGGAGUCUCGCCCGAUUCGGAGGGCUGCACAGAUCACCGCGUACGCCAUCACCAAGGCUCAAAUAUUCGGCAGAGACACCUCGCAGCGGGUCCUGCGGUCCCAGACAGUGCGGCAACUUCGAGAGGAGGCUGAUCGAGUGCCAGGGGGCGUGGAGGACGUCGGCAGGCGACUCAAGAGAGUCCGAGAGACAUUUGUCAAUGAAGUAAAGGACGGCUGGAAAGAUGGAUCACGUCAGGUUAAAAAAUAG